AUGGCACCUUCUCUACAAGUAGAGUCACCAUCACAUCCUCUGUCUCCUGGGCUUGGGGGACACUGGAGACGAAUCUCUGGCGGCAUUCUUGAUUUUGAUAGUGUCUCCAAUGGCGCUGCGCGUUCUGUUGUCUCGCGACGAGUCUCUAGAAAGACGGCCGCCGGUGGAGAGUCCUCAACCAUCUCCAACGUGGUUUACUCCCUAAAACGACGAAGUGGUGAUGAACUGGGCGGGACAACAUCUUCAAAACUGAUGAACGCAAAUCAUGCUACGCUCCUAGACUGGAUCCGUCAUCAGCGCAUGAGCAAGAUUCCACCAGAGGGAAGUAGCUAUGACAAGGUCUUGGCAUGGGCCCAAUUAUUUGUUGAACGUUUGCACUCUUUUGAUCUUGCUAUUGAACACUUUGCGGGAGAUAGCUAUUUAGCGGCACAGCUGGCAUACGGCUAUUGUGCAAUCUUGCUAGAGCUGGGUGAAGAAAAUUCUUCAGCACUUAGGAUUUCAUUUGGCUUCUUCUACAGCAUAUCGAUGGUCCUAGUCAAUCUCCUCGAACGCACUGAGCUGUUCGCCGUGUCCCAAGAGAUUAAAGAACAGCUCGUUCUGGCAUUGACGGACUUGGUUACAUUGGUGGCCAGUGUGUCCACUUACUUUCACAAAGCUCUUCGUGGGCUGACGAAACCAAUAAUCUCCGUUAAUAUAUACGGCACUUUCUCGGGGCAGAUAGAAAGUUUCCGCAGCCGUUGUGACAAGAUCUCGGAGGCAAUGUGGAAACAUCAACUCUUGAAGGAUGACUUAGAUGGAGAACGAGUUUCCGAAGUCAAAUCUAUCAGACAAUGGUUGGCCCCAGAGGACCGUGUCCUUGCGAACGUCGCCGAAAAUACGUCGCAUCUUGCCCACGAUCGCGAGGAAUUGACAUGCCUUUGGUUGAGUCCUUACUUGACCCGUUUCCUUAAGAGCGAGCAACUCAAAGGCCUCUCCAUCACAGGCGCAUCAGGCUCCGGAAAGACAGUUUUGGCUUCGGUUAUUGUCGAUCAUUUACAACAUCCUAUUGGUGGCGUAACAUACAACACUCUGUUCAUUCCAAUUAAUGCCCGUGUUCCGGUCGAGACAGAACCCCAGGCUGUGGUGAAGUCGAUUCUUCGCCAGUUAUUUGAGAAACGAAUCGGCAAUACUCACCUAUUUCAGGUUCUUUCUGAUGCGUACGAUCGCAGCAAAAAAGUUACCGUCAUCGACGACUAUGAAAAGAUUCUUUGGGAUGCCCUAGACACUUCCCUCGGUACUCCUCUUCGUGGCUCUAAACCUCUUGUUCUUGUCGUUGACGGUCUUGAUGAAGCAUCAGGCUCAGAGUCGAUCUUGCUUCAAAGGCUCCAAGCCGCUACCAAGAAGACAAAUAAUCUGAAACUCGUCGUUUUGGGGUCUCAAAAGUUUGAGGCAUCAAAUGUACUCACCAACAUACACAUAACCUCGGACUUGAUUUUUGAUGAUAUUGCGGCUGUGAUACGGAACGGUUUCGAAACAUAUCCAGUAUAUACCACUCUUCCAGAAACAGAUCAGGAAAUCCUGAUCGAGAGAAUUACGCAGGCUGCCAAUGGUUCCUUUCUCUGGGCUAAGCUUACCGCCAAGCUCGCUCGCAGCGCAGAUUCUGCUGGCUCCCUUCAAAAGUUCGUCAAUUCCAUAGUCACUUCGAAGCUGACUAUUACGGACUUGGUUACACAGUUUCUGCAGUCACCAGAUCUCACGGAUGAAGCUAAGCUCAUGGUGAUCUGGCUAGCGACGGCACAGCGCCCUUUAUCUCAGAGCGAACUGUCCACCCUGCUUUCUAUUCAGAUUGACAAGGCCACAGUUACGGACCGAAAAUUUGACGUGCUAAAGCUCCUAAAACCUGUCAACUCUUUGGUAUGCGUCGAAGAUGGUUACGUUUACCUUCGACAUGGUCAGGUUCGAUCGGCUGUCAUUGAUGUCUUCUCGAAGGGAAAGCUUGUUCCUACCGUGAAAGAUAGACAUGCAGACCUGUUGCGAAGACUUUUUGUCUAUUCGCGAUUUGCAAUUACUGAAGACCACGAACCUUCCUUGACCUCCUUUGAUCGCUUCGAGAAAUCCAAGCUUCUUGACAAAUAUGUACUUCUUGAUUUUUCCUUGCGAUACUGGUUUACACAUCUCUGCCAGACGACUACCUUUACUACAGAUGGCGAAGCUGGCGCAGCAAAGGAGUUUGGUAAAUUAUUCCCGACAAGUACAACAUUCUACCUAUUGCAACAAACCGUCUGGGAACACAGACCAAUUCCAACUCUUCUAUCAUGGUACACGACAGUUACCAAACUUACUCGGAAUGUCCUUACCCCCAAUCACCUGGCCACACUACAGUCAAUCCUUACACUUGCCCUGUUCUACCGUCAGAUUGGCCGCUAUCCAGAAUCUGGCCAGUUGUUCUACGAGGCGAUCUCUAUCAGUCGUACCGUCCUCAACUCGCAACACAUUAUUACCACGCAACUUGCGAGUCUCUUCCUUGAAGUGACGGCCGAGAAGGUCACAGAGACCAGGACCGACAUCAUGACUAAGAGGGAGGAGAUCCUUCGUCUACUGGUGGAGGCUUACAAAACCCAUUACGGAGCAACCUCUGAGAUCGUGAUUUCAACGCUGACCCAAUUGGCUGAACACUACCAACUCAUAAAAGAAGAUUCCAAGGCAAGAGAAAUUUACCUCUCACUUCGGUCGGCUACCAUACAACAAUAUGGUGCCGAUUCUCAGGAAGCUCGAGACAUUGGUGGCAGCCUGCAUGUGCAUCUGACUGGCCAUACUUCGCAGAUCGAGACAGACACACAGACCACGCUCCUCCUAGAUGUUGAGGAAAGAGAUGAGCUACUCGAGUCAGAGACCCAGAAUUUCUGGGCCCUCUUGAAGAAAGCCGAGCAAUAUUCAUCCGAAAGCCAAUUUCAGUUGGCAGAGAAGACAUUUGUUCAGAUAUGGCAGCAAGCAAGCAAGGAAUGUCGCAUGCACUAUUCUUCUGAGUGGGAAGAAAAGAAAUUCAAGGCUGUUUUGGCGUACUCCAAAUUCUUGAAAGCGCAAAAAAGAGAGUACGAGGCGUCUUCUCUACUGACCACAACGUGGCAAGAGUAUGAACAGACCAGCGUCGCGACUGAGACAUCUAUCUCUUAUAUAGCCGAGAUUGCGAAAGUAAUGAAGAGCGUUGGCUUAUCGAGUCUUGCGCUCUCCGUCUAUAAGCGCGUCUCGCAGUUCUACGAAAGCACCAGCCGAACCCAAACGUCAGCAUAUAAAGAGAUCCAAGAAAGUAUCCAUAUCACCUCGCAGGAGGUGCUAAAGGUGGUCUCUACGUCCUCUUCAGUCGUGUCUGAAACCACCCUUGAAGAGAUUGUCUACGAAGCGUCAUCUUCUAUCACUACAGUUGAUCAAACUUCGAUCACUGCUACAUCAACCCUCUUCGAAAUGUACAUUUCGCAGCAUCGUUGGCACGACGGUACGCGUUUAAUCAAACGAGUUUUGCAGGGAAUCUGGCCUACCCUGUUUGCUCCGUCGCUGCAAGAUGUUACUCUGCCUGGCAAGCACGUUGAGCAUUGCAUUGAGCUUGCGGAGCGGUUGAGUCAAUGCUAUCACGCCCGUCGUCGUAUCGGAAAGGAAGAAGAUAUUCGUGCCAGAAUCUAUCGCGCAGUUCGAUCCGACCGUCAAGUCGGAGAUAAACUUCUUGAUCGCGUCACCACAGAACUUCUCCGCUUGUUUGAACGUACUUCCCAGACAGACAAGGUAAUCACCCUUCGUCAAGAACUACUCGGCGACUAUCUUGGAAAGUACGGCCUUCACCAUUCAAUUGUGAUUACCAAUCUUUGGGCUCUAGCGGAGUUGACACGUCCACGUCCGAUUUUUGUCGAUUACUACCGCCAGAUCAUUACCGCGAUCAAUAAAGACUCUGACAUCUGCCUACCGGAUGCCUUUGAGCCUCUCGUAAUUGUUGCUACAGAGUUGUGGACUCAAGGACGUUAUUCUGAUGCGGUAUCCUAUUAUCAAAUUCUUUACAAAACUUUCUUGCAGCAGCCCAAGUUGAACCCCAAAUUUGAGGACCAAGAAUUUGUUAAAUCCUUUUUCACGCGGUAUACUCACUCUCUUCGAGCUCUACAGACUGAAUUCGCUGUAAUCCACAAGAUUACAGUCGACUAUCAAGCUAGGGUCAAAGCUAUUUUUGGUGCUACGGCGUCAAUUACCAUCCAAGCAUCCUUGACAUUGGCCAAAAUCUGCCAGGAAUCAAAGCGAUUUGAAAUCGAGGCUAUUCAUCUGUAUGAAGAGUUAUUGAAAAUCAAGUCGGACGAAAUUGACUAUCAAGAGAUUACUGCCACUCUGGAUGCUAUCUACGAAGAACAAACUGCCAUUGUGACAUCAACUCAAUCUGAGUCAGUCUCUUCUGCCCAAAUUGAACGCGCAGCCUCCGUUCUCAAGCGUCGCAUAACUACUGUGCGUAAGACACAUGGUUGGGCCCAUGAGGAGUCUCUCUCCAAGAUGCAAGAGAUGAUUUCGUUCUACUCUAAGCGUAAUGAGACGGAGACUGUCGUUAAGGAGUUGAAGGAGGCCACAGUGCAAAUUCUCACGACAGAAACCUCAUCUACCAGACUCAUUGCCAGUGCAUCUACCAUUGCAACGAGUUACAUUGCAUCAAAUCAGAUUCAAAAGGCGACCGAGCUAUCUCACGAAGUAUACCGGCAAAUUGUUAUGAAAGAUAGUACUAAUGCAAAGUCUGUCAGCUUCGAUCUCACAUCCAAAGACCGGCAGAGCCUCGUGUUCUUGGCCCAGUUUGAAUAUAGCUUGCGCCAAAACUCGUCAUUGACCUUGAAUGAGAUCUUUUCGUCUUUGACAACAGAGUAUAUCUACUUUGAGGAGUACAGAAGCCAAUUGAGAUCAACAAGUACCACUCUGCAAAGUUUAACAUUCAAUGCUGCACGACUCCACGCAUUCCUGCUCUCCAGGGAACGUCACUCAAUUGCCACGCGAGUCUACGAAGAUUUUCUCAAUUACUUCUUGGGGACCGAGGGUAAACGGAUCAAGUUGACCGAAAUUUCUCAAGCUAGGAUUUUUACACUCACCCUGCUGAACUACUUCAGCGUUCACAGCACUAAGAAUUUCCUACGUUCUAUCGGCAUAGCGAGCUAUGAACAUACACAACAGUUGAUUACGGAUAAAAGAUAUGAUGCCGCUGCUGAUCUCGCCCUUGCAGCUUUCCGUUACAUUUCUGCGCAUGAGGAAUAUCGCAGCACGUCAAUUCUGAAAUUUGUUUUUCAACUUGGUCUGGCUGUUGCUGGGCGUAACACUGUUCCGGCAUCUGACGAAGGUGCUCGUUCGAAGUUAUUGAAGGUUUCAUCUGUGAUCCUGCAAGAAGCCUUUAAAGUUGUCAAAGAACUAAAGAUCAACUUGACACGACUUAGCCUGGGCCAUUUGAACAAUCUCAUUGCUCUUCUCGGGGAACAACAAGACUACCGGUCCCUAUCCUGGCUUCUGACGCUACUGUGGAACAGUCGCGACGCUCAACGGUCGUGGCCGCCAUCUGUUACAUUUGCUCUUGGACGUCGGUUUAUUCUUGUGCGCUACCUUGUGGGAGAGGUAACAGGUGCACUUCGCCUUGCGGAAGACAUUGUUUACAAUUGUCGCCGCGUCCAUGGACCUCGUCAUCCUAGCACACUCGAGAUGUCGGUUCUCCUAUCUCAACUGUACACUAGCGUUGCACAACGCUAUCAAAAUCAAAAGUCCGGUCAAGAAAUUGCUCAUCGCUACUACAAGAAAUCUGCAGCAGUACACGAAAACAUUCUCCGCGUCUUCAGCGAUCCUUCCUUUGCGGAACUCGAGGGUGGUGAUAUGAGUAUGAGCAUGGACGGAUCUACCUAUUCAAUGGAGUUUGGUAAUGUUGCAAGUAGUAGCUGGACAGAGGGCCAACACGUCCGUCAACAUCUAGCGCUGUUGAAACUCGCCAUUGAACGUUUGGGUGACUGGCCAAAGGAUUACAGCGAGUUUGAGCGCCUCAAUGCGGACAUCUUCCGCGAAUUUAAAGAAGAUCUUAAUGGUGUGGAAGGUGUAGAGAAAUGGGCACCGAAGAAGUUUGGGUCUGGAAAGGCUGAGCGGAACGAUGACCUUUUGGACACUAACAUCAAGAGUUGGGAGAUUGUUGACGCAUCGGUUCUCAAUGGAGCGCAUGCCGAGGAGGAAGAGGAACUCUAAAUUGCUCACCUACUCACCUUCAUUCUUUGCUUUUUAUUUUUGCUCCUCCCUUAAUUAUUUUCUGCUUUUGUUUACUUUCCUUGCAACUCUUAGUAUGCCUAACAAGAAUGUCGUAUCGUCUAUAUUCAUCUUUACGUACGUCCUUCUGUCAUGUCAUUUCAUUGUCUAGAAUCCUAGCCAGCAUAUGAUUUAUUAGCAGUUGAUACUGCUAUAUUGUAUUUCAUAAUACCAAUUGACUAUGAAAUCUAUCUCAGCAAUCAAUAUGUCCCACAUCCUACCCUGGCAUCGACCAUGUUAUGCUUAAAGAGUCUCUGUUAAUCAUACUUACUCCCCACAUUGAUAGAGAUCGGGACGUUAA